AUGCAGGAGGUUAUACGUCAAAAUAGGCAUGACAAUAGAGUAACGCAAGCAAGACUAAAAAGGCCAAUGCAACAAGACCAGGUGGUGAAUGAACAAAUCUUAAGAGAAUUUGUGGAAAUGAGAGAAAUGAUGACAACAAGAAGAGAGGGCGGUAGGAUACAGUUGGAUGAGGAAAUUGAAGAAGCAGGGAAAACACCAUUUGCAAGACAAAUACAGAUGGCGGGAAUACCACCUAAAUGCAAUUUACCAGCAUUCACCAACAUCUUUGAUGGAACAACCUGUGCGAUACAACACAUAAAAGCAUAUGUGCGAACUUUAUUGCAAUGGGAAGAUCAUGAUGCGUUUCUUUACAAGUAUUUUCCGGCAAGCUUGUCAAGAGAAGCUUUGAAGUGGUUUGAAGGUCUACCUACUGGAACAAUCAGAUCAUUCAAUCAUUUACAGUCAAUAUUCCUAGGAGAAUACAUCAACAAUAAUGUAUUACGACCAGGCAUAGAACAAGCAUUUGGUUUGCAAAGAAGAACAAAUGAAGAUCUGCGAAGUUUAACCACAAGAUGGAGAACUAUGUGCAGUGAAAUGGCUGGACGAGUGGAUGAAAGAAACCUCAUAUUAGCGUUAAUCAAUGCACUCUUCGCAACAGAUUUCUUAUACACACAAAUUUUCAGAAUUAAAGAAACCAUAUCAAUGACAGAGUUACGCGAGUAUCGAGAAGAAUACAUCGCGCUUGAGCAAAAGCAGAAAGAAAUUGAAUCUUAUCCUGUGACCAAUACAAGCACAAAAGCUGGGAAUGCGAGUUUACUUCCUAAAAUAACGAACACAGUCGAAAGUACAUCUCAAGGAAGAUACAAAAAAGAGAUAAAUGAAGAUCAACAGAAAAUGGUAGCAACGGAUCAAGGAAAGUUAGAUCACUUUCUGGUACAACAACAGCAGAAUCUACCACCACCACCUCCAGAAGGUCGCACACAAGGCACAAAGACAAGAAGAAAUAUAUAUUUGAUAGAGGUGGGUGCGAAGGCGAAGAAUUUAUACUGUAAUUCGAUAAUACAUUCGUUUAAGAACAUAGAAGACUUUCAUGAUAAUGUCUUGAGCAGAGUUUACGCAAGGGAUAGUGAUGGAAGAGAGAUAUUGAAUCUUGCGAAAGUAUCUCCCUUAAAAGAUUGGCAAAAGCAACUUAUUUCCUUCAACGUCGAGGAAAUGCAUGGAGGUGGAGAACCACACGAAAGUUUAUUAGUGGUAAAGUUAGAAAUCAAUCCAAGAGUGAAAACUGAUGAAGAUGAAGAGGAAGACACAGAUACAUGGGCUAUCAACAGAAUACUAAUAGAUCCUGGAAGUUCGGUGAAUAUCUUAUUUUACCACACAUACAAAACCAUGGGUGGUCGAGAUGACGAGCUUAUUCUAUCUACUUAUAAGAUAUAUGGUUUAAUGGCACAACUAAUAAACCGAAGGGGGAGAUAA